CCAUUUCAAAGAAACCACCACAAAGACGAGAGAGAGAGCAGGGAAGCACCCCGUUCCCAAGAUGCUGGCACCCUGCCUUCUGAGAAGAACAGUCCUUACAGUGCCAUUGUUUUUUGUGGUUGCACUGCUACUGGCAGAGCCUGGUAGAGCUGACCAAGAAGCAGGAACGGCCAUACCAGCUGAAAGUCGUCCCUGUGUUGACUGCCAUGCAUUUGAGUUCAUGCAGAGGGCUCUGCAGGAUUUAAAGAAGACAGCAUAUAAUCUAGACACAAGGACAGAAACUCUGCUUCUUCAGGUGGAAAAGAGAAAUCUGUGCGACUGUGUAACUGCAAAUCUGCUGAACUGAAUCCUGGAGGCCACCUGAGGAGUGUCACCUCUUCAGCAGUUUUUAUGAUGCAGCUGUAUAAAAUACAGCUUUAUGGAGUUCCUGUUGCAAGCAUGUAUGCCCCACUGUACUGGGGGAACUGGGGGGCUGUG